AUGCCUAUAACCCGAAGGCUGGAACAAAUUAAAGAACCUGUAAAUUUAUCAAUAGCGAGGAAAACCACUGAGGAGCUUGGUGCCUACUGCCACUUGGGAUAUGGGAGCAGGACUGAGUGCAGAUAUCAGAAUUUCCUGACAGAGGACCUCCUGCAAGGGGACACUGGGGACGCUGCCUACGUGGAGCCCAUAGCUCUGGAUUACUACAACUGCGCUCAGUUCUUCACACCACCCAAAGAGAAAGAGGAGGAUUCCUAUUCUUAUCAAAACGUUGUCAUUGGAGACUGUGGCAGCUCUGAUGCAGAUGACGCUGUAGACUAUGAGAACAGCGCUGCCAUACACGUAUGGAAACUCCAGCAAGCGGAAGCUCUGCAGACGGAGAGCCCGGAUGAUGAACCAGACUAUGUUAACACAGCCCCUGCAUUGGGCCCUUCUCUUCUCUCAAAGAAAAGUAUUCUGCAUAGAGUCUGAGGAAGCUGAGCUGUAAGAGCACACCCAGCGAGGAUGUGCACGGGGAG